AUGAAUGAAAACAAGGAUAUACCAAUGACUGAAAGUACCAGUCAGUCAGGCAUCGAGGAAAUUAAUGUGACAGAGGAUGAAGUGGAGUGCUCUACGAAAUGUGCAAAAUGGUUUCGAAGGUUUUUUAUGGAAGGGCAAGUUUUGGACAAAGAGCAUGCUGACGCUCUCAAGACAUUACCACAUGACGCACCCUGGUAUAGGAUAGCCCUCGUGAAAUAUAGGAGGUUUGUAGGGCCUGCAAUAAGCGCAACUGUUGUGUAUUUUUUCUGGCUGGCCUAUAUGAUCAAAUGGAACAUGUGGCACUUAUUUGUGGAACGAUAUGAGAUGUCAAUUACCAUUGUGUUUGCGUCUCUCAUUGCAGGUAUGACAAGCGUUGGUGGAGGAGUUGUGGCGUUCCCUGUCAUGACGCUUGUCCUUAACGUGACCCCAAACAUAGCACGAGAUUUCAGUCUCAUAGUUCAGUCUUGCGGAAUGACAGCCGCCUCUUUCGUCAUCUACUUCAUGGGCAUUCAAGUGGAUUGGAACAGCCUCAUCAUUUGCUCGAUUGGAGGUGUUUUUGGCGCUAUCUUUGGUUUUGAGGUUGUCGACCAGCAUUUGACUCCGCCAAGGAAAAAGUUCACGUUUACAGCAUUUUGUUUUGCAUUUGCAUUCGCAUUGUUUCUUCUGAACCGAUAUCGUAAGAGAAGAACAUUUCUAACAGUUCCGUACUUGAACAAAUGGAAAGGUUUUGUUUUAUUCUUAACUGCACUAGUUGGGGGAAUGUUUACUGCACUUGCCGGCACUGGAUUGGACAUAGUCUGCUUCAGCGUCAUGACAUUACUGUUCCGUGUAACUGAAAAGACAGCAACUCCAACAUCUGUUAUACUCAUGAGUAUCAAUACUGCAGUUGCCACGUAUUGGAGAGCAGUGAUACACAUCGAUGUUUCAACUGAUGCCUUUCAUUAUCUGUUAGUUUGCGUCCCAAUCGUUGUCAUCGGAGCACCAAUUGGGUCUGUUGUUGGGAGUUAUCUACAUCGACUGGUGUUAGCUGCAUUGAUCUACAUCAUCACAACUGCAGCGCUGAUUGGCUCAUUUGUGGUCAUACGACCUUUGACCCCAGAUCUGAUUGGUCUAGCAGUGGGAAUCGUUGUGGGUGGGAUCCUUAUUUUUCUUCUGCUGACGCUGGCUGGAGCCAGCGUUUUGAAGCACGUGGAAGAACAAGAGGUGAAUAGUAAUACUGGACGAAGUAUAGAACAAACUGAUAAAACGUUAACAAUUGCAGAUAACUCUACAGUAGAAAAUGGGUAUUCGAACAAAGCGUUUGAAGUAAUAUGACCACUUCGACUGAAUAAAAUGUCGAACUGCACUUGAGUAAUAGAAUAGAUAAGAAAGUAUAUCAACAGUAUGCGAUAUAAUGUGCUUUAUUGUUUCAAUGGCCUCUUGGAAUCUUCCUGCUUACAUUACUGGUUCUGAUACUUUCGAACUGGUAGAGAAUGAUCAGUCCCCCUUUUGGUCACAUGACACACUACAUGUGGUCAAGUCUUUUCACUCCAAACUGUCAACCAGGGAAGAGCAAUUUUAAUCAUUUUAUUUCAAAUCCAUAUCAUAUCAUACAACGAAUAUCAUAUAGUAAAAAUUCAACAAGGUUAAUCAAUUUAACAUUUGUGAUAUAUUGGAAAUAUAUCAAAUUCUAGCAUACAAAUCAAAUACAACAUUAUUUUACAAUCAUUCAUAAGUGUUCAUAUAUACACAAAAAUAUAAUUAAGUCUGGUAUUAGAUGUUUCACAAAAAACAGUGCAAUGGGGCAAAUUCUGGUGUAGUGUGUAAUAUAUAUCUUUUAAAGUAGCUUACAGAAGAAGUCUAUCAUCUUCAUUAUUAAGUUCUGUAUUACCAUGUAAUGUCACAUUGACUUUGCUAACAGAGUUAACAAUAAUAAGGUACACGUUGUUGAGAAAUGUAAUGAUUAAUUCCCUCCCUCCUCCCUUAUAAAUGUUUUGUAAAUACACUCCAUUUCUCCAGGAAAUGUGAGUAUGCACUUAAUU